AUGAUCAGACAAAACAAACCAAAAGAAUUUUACAAAUUAUUAUUCUAUCAUGCAGUACAAACAAAUUUUAAAUAUUCAGCUGCCAUCAGUUAUUUAAAACAAUUAAUUAAAUUAUUAAAUAAUAAUACUAUAUUUACUAAACCUACUACGCCUAGUAAAAGUGCACCAUCGGAAAAUGAUGUUUUUGACCAAACAAUGAAUUUGGAGAAGAUAAUCUAUUUGAAUAGGAAUAUUACUUUUGACUUUAAAGUUAAAAAUUUGAAUUUUCUAAAUAGUAUUGUGUAUUUCCUAUUUUUAAAUUAUUAUAGUAAAACAGCAUUGAUCUUGUUUUUGGAAGCAAUUAUGGAAAGUAUUGAAAAACAUAAACAUACUAGUGUUGAUUAUUUAAUUAUUGGUCAAGGAUUAAGAACAAAUUAUCAAAAUAAGAAGGCAAAAUAUUAUUUCAAGUUGUCACACCAAUUAGACAAACUAAACUUUAUAUUGUACUUGUAUUUAUCAAAUGUGAAUAGAUCUAAGGGUUAUAGUAUUUAUCAGAAUAGAUAUAUUGAACUUGGAUUAUUCAAAAUAUCACAAGAGAUUAGACUGAUUGAACAAUAUAAAAAUAGUGGAGACUAUUUACAAAAUUAUAUAAUUAAUCAAUACGAAAAACAAUUGAAUGAGAUAUACAAUAUUCUAUACUUAAACAAGUGUGUAAAUCUUAAAACUGAGCCCUUGUCAAAGGUUAUGGAAAUAUCUCACAAGUUAGUUUUUCAAUCCAAUGACUCAUAUCUUGCAUGGUUUUAUAUUGCAUUCUUUUAUGGAUUUGAAAUAUGGGAUUUGAUUAAACCAACUGAUGGACAUGAUGAUAUCAAGGAUGUACCACUUACUGAUGGAAAUGUUACUCUGAAGGGUAUUUCUGAUAUUCAAAAUAUAUCAGAAAUUUAUGAAAUUUCAUUGUAUUAUUUUAGAAAGUCCUUCAAACAUUUAUAUUAUCCACAUGCAGACAUUUAUUUACCACUUAUCUUUGAAAAUAUUGGUAUGAUUUAUGAGAAUGAUGAUAAUUUCGAAAAAGCAGCCAAAUAUUACAACAGUGCAUGUGUUAUUGGAGAACAAACACAACAUUAUUGGGCUUUUUCUUCUCGUCUUUCAUUCAACAUUUAUAGAAUUAAUAACUUUGCACAUGCCUAUUAUGAUGCAACCAAUAGAAGACAUGUCAUUUGCAUCUCAUCACUUACUUAA